AUGGUUCGACUCACUUCCGCCCUCGUCGCUGGCCUGGCGGGCCUCGCCAGCGUUGUCUCUGCUCAUCCAGGUCACGACAUCAAGGCCGAGGCCGCUCAGCGUGCCGCCUUCCUGAAGAACGCUCCUCUGCGUUCUCGCAGCCUGGACCAGUGCACUGCCAAGCUGCGUGCCCGUGGACAGGAGAAGCGGAACAUCGCCCGUCGUGAGCAGGUCGUCAAGGAUCUACGCCGCGUGAAGGGCCUGCAGUCCCGCGCCCCCUUCCUCAAAGCGAGAGACCUGGACACCGUCCUCAACACCACCCAUCACUCUACCCUGGACGUCGAUCUCUCCACCGAUCCCGAGGUUCUCUUUGCGUCCAACGCUACUUGCAUCCUCGGACCGGAUGUCACCCAGGGGCCUUACUACGUCUCGGGCGAGCUGAUUCGCGACAACAUCAUCGAGGGUCAGGAGGGUGUCCCUCUCUACUUGGACAUCCAGCUGAUCGACACCAACACCUGUGAACCCGUUCCCCAGGUGUACCUCGACUUCUGGCACUGUAACGCCACUGGUGUCUACUCCGGUGUUGUCGCCAACGGAAACGGCAACUCCAACGAUGACACCAACAUCGACACCACCUUCCUUCGCGGUCUCCAGAAGACCAACGAGGAGGGUAUCGUCCAGUUCAAGACAAUCUUCCCCGGUCACUACACCAGCCGCGCCACCCACAUCCACGUCCUCACCCACCCUGCCAACGAAACCUCCGUCCUGCCCAAUGGAACUAUCACCGGCCUCUACAACACCAAGUCCUCCCACGUCGGCCAGCUUUUCUUCGACCAAGACCUCAUCUCCGUGGUCGAAGAGACGGCCCCCUACUCCACCAAUACCCAGGAAUUGACCACCAACGCCGAAGACCAGAUUCUCUCCGAGGAAGCCGAUACCAUCGACCCCUUCGUUGAGUACGUCUUCCUGGGUGACAACGUCUCCGACGGUAUCUUCAGCUGGAUCUCCGUUGGCAUUGACGCUACUGAGAGCACUUCCGUUACCCCUGCUGCCUACUUCACCGAGGACGGUGGCGCUGAGAACGAGAACUCGGGUGGCAUGGGUGGUGGCUCUCCCCCCAGUGGCUCUGGUGCAUCCUCCGGUGCGGCGCCUUUUGCUAGCGCUUCUGCUUAGAUGGGAUGCUUGGAGAUUGCAUUGGUGGAUUGGGUCGUUUGACUUGAUAAUAUAUAUAUACUUCUUUUCUUCGAUUCUGUUUUGGAUAUUUUAUCUAACCUGGAUUGAGCAUUGUAUUGUUCUGUUGUGUUGAUAGCCCGCGUUGACAUCUCAUGCGGUUUGACCUUUAUUGGAGACAAAGUUGCAAUCUCUGUCGCAUCCAUUCCAAGCUAUCCAUGUAAGAGUAUAACAGCAACAUGGACUAGGUUACUAAGGACAGGUACUUAUGCAGUCAGAAAGCCAUAGCAUUAUUGUUGUAAAGUGACUUGGCGCUGAGACUUCUCAUGAAGCUUUCC